GAUGUGUGUAUGAGGGCUGACAGACUGGGUCCAGCCAUGGAGUCAGAGCGGAACUGCAGCUCUUACUGUGACUCCAGACUCUGCCUCAUCCACCCUGGAGUCAAUACAAAGAAGGGCCUGGAGAUACUGCAGAGACUAUGUACCCUCAGCACGGUAAACACACACACAUGCACACACACAAACAGUUGCUUUUGUAUUGACCUCUGUGCCCAUUGCCCAAAGUGUCAGCCCACUGGGCACACAGUGGUUGAAUCAACGUUGUUACCACGUCAUUUCAAUAAAAUUACGUUGCACCAACGUGGAUAGUCAUCCAUCCCCAGUGGGAGGGUCAGGUUUAAGGUUGGUGUUACACCCUUCUAAAUGAUCUCUAUUCAAUUUAAUGAGCUAAACUAAUAACAUAUAAUGUGAACAUUGUGAUAUUUUUAUGGUAUAAUUGUAUUAUAACAGUGAAAAAAAGUAUGUAGUGAGUUCACCAAUAUAAAAAUGUAUCUGCUCCUUUAAGAGAUGUAAACGGGAGCUCAAUGACUUGCAAUGUGGUGUCAGGAGGAGCCUGGUGCUGAAAUGAAAGUAAACAGCAGAGCUGAAUGUUGAGGACCCGAACACACUUUCUCCUUAUACAUUUCAUUGAGCACUUGCACUAAGUCUCCUGCACUCAGAGUCCUCGGGAUUCAAGAGAAAAGAAAGAUCAGUCAACAACACGCAUCGUCUCAGGUAAGAACCAACUGGGCACAGACUUCAAUUCAACGUCCAACCUAACCAGGGUGUGCCCAGUGGAGAGGAGAGAGAGCAAAUAUUCCAAUUAUUCUUAUGUAUCAUAGCUUCUCUUCUUUGCACUGUGUUUAAAAUUCCUGCUUUAUUGUUUAUUUAAUAAAUCAAAUAAAAGAAUAGAGAAGGAAAUACAUAAGCGUACUUAUUUAGUAAAUGCUAAAAUGACACAGAUUAUAAAGUUGAUUUCACUUUCGGUUUGUUCGCAGGCAUGGCGUCAUUUAGCACUGUGCUGUCUGAAGAUCAAUUCCUUUGCUCUGUCUGUCUGGAUGUUUUCAAGAAACCAGUCACAAUCCCAUGCGGUACCACAACUUCUGCAUGGCUUGUAUCAACGAAUACUGGAGAACCAAUGUCAUGUGCCAGUGUCCACUGUGUAAGCACAAAUUCCCCAAAAGACCUGAGCUAAAGGUUAAUACUUUCAUUUCUGAUAUGGUUGCUCAGUUCUGGGGUUCAGCUCAAGGGAAUGACACCAACUCCUUGGAGCAGGCGGCAGCCAAACCUGGAGCUGGAGAAGUGAACUGCGACUUCUGCAUUGGAGGGAAUGCCAAGGCCAUUAAGUCUUGUCCAGAUUGUCAGGCUUCUUACUGUGAGACUCACCUGGAGCCUCAUAAGAAAGUCACAGCUUUAAAGAAACACAACCUAAUCAACCCUGUGGGGAAUCUUGAAGAACGAUUGUGUAAGAGGCAUGAUAGACCUCUGGAGCAGUUUUGUAAGACUGACCAGACAUAUGUGUGUCAGUUCUGCACAGAGACUGACCACAAUGCCCACAACAUCGUCUCUCUAGUGUACGAAAGCAGGGACAUUAAAGCUCAGCUGGAAAAUAUGGACGUUGAAGUGAAGCAAAUGAUUCAGGGUCGACUGCAGAAAGUUAAGGAGAUUAAAGGCACAGUACAGUCCAACAAAAGAAAUGCAGAGAAAGAGAUAAAGGAAAGCUUGCAGGUCUUUACAGAAUUGAUGCGCUCCAUUAAGAGUAGCCAGACUGUGCUUAUUGAGGUGAUUGAGGAGAAGCAGAAAGCAGCGGAGAGGCAGGCUGAAGGGCUCAUUAAAGAGCUGGAGACGGAAAUCACUGAGCUAAAGCAGAGACACUCUAAGCUAGAGCAGCUCUCACACACCAGAGACUAUUUGCACCUCCUCCAGAGCUUCCCAUCCCUGUGCAACGCUCUACCCACCAAGGACUGGUCGGAGAUCAGGAUUCAGAGUGUCGAGUAUAUCGGGACGGUGAGGAACGCUGCGAGGAGAGCUGGCUCUCAGUUUGAAGAGACACUGAACAAGGAAGUGAAGAGGUUGUGUGAUGCUGAGCUGAAAAUGAUACAACAGUGGUCAGUAGAUGUAACUCUGGACCUUGAUACUGCCCACCACAAUCUCCUCCUCUCUGAAGAUACGAAACAAGCAAGACAUGCCGGUAGAAGACAAAACCUCCCCGGCAACCCAGAAAGGUUCUCCUACAUUUCCAGCGUCCUGGGAAAGGAGGGCUUCUCCUCAGGGAGAUUCUACUACGAGGUGCAGGUGAAGGGAAAUACUCUCUGGAGUGUUGGAGUGGCCAGAGAGACCAUCAACAGAAAGGUUAUUGCAGCAAAGCCUGAGAAUGGACUCUGGACUGUCCAGCUGGGGAAAGGGAAUGUCUACCAGGCCUGCACCACAGACCCUACCCCCCUCUCCCUGAGUAACAAGCCCCAGACGAUAGGUGUCUAUGUGGACUAUGAAGAGGGUGAGGUCUCCUUGUACGAUGCUCAUACCAGGUCUCAUAUCUACUUGUUUACUGGUUGUACCUUCACUGACAAACUUUACCCAUACUUCAACCUUGGGGUUUGUGGCAUUGAUAAAAUGUCAGCACCAUUGAUCAUCUCUUCUGUGAGCCAAUCUGAUUGAGAUAUCACUCAUGUGUCAUUGACAUUCUAAAGAACAGGACAUUCCAUACAUUGAUUAAUAUUCAAUCACUAGAGAGGUAUAAAUUGUAUCUUUUUUGUUGUUGUUGAGGGGGUUACAGGUAUAAUAUUUAAAAUCAUAUUCUCAAUUCAUUAUUUCACACCCCCAACCUCUCAUUACAUUUACAUUUUAGUCAUUUAGCAGACGCUCUUAUCCAGAGCAACUUACAGUUAGUGAGUGCAUACAUUAUUUUUAAAUUUUUCAUACUGGCCCCCCGUGGGAAUCGAACCCACAACCCUGGCGUUGCAAACGCCAUGCUCUACCAACUGAGCUACAUCCCUGCCGGCCAUUCCCUCCCCUACCCUGGACGACGCUGGGCCAAUUGUGCGCCGCCCCAUGGGUCUCCCGGUAGCGGCCGGCUACGACAGAGCCUGGAUUCGAACCAGGAUCUCUAGUGGCACAGCUAGCACUGCGAUGCAGUGCCUUGGACCACUGCGCCACUCAUCCCAUUUCCCCAACCCCACCCAGCCAACAUGUAUCCAUCCAAUCCUGGUUUGAUGUACUGCCAAAUCCUCUAAACCGAUGUUGGAGGAAGCUUAUGGUAGAGAAAUGAACAUUAAAUUAUCUGGCAACAGCUCUGGUGGACAUUCCUGCAGUCAGCACGCCAAUUGCACGCUCCCUCAAAACUUGAGACAUCUGUGGCAUUGUGUUGUGUGACAAAACUGCACAUUUUAGAGUGGCCUUUUAUUUUACCCAGCACAAGGUGCACCUGUGUAAUGAUCAUACUGUUUAAUGAGCUUCUUAAUAUGCCACACCUGUCAGGUGGAUGGAUUAUCUUGGCAAAGGAGAAAUGCUCACUAACAGGGAUGUAAGCUAAUUUGUGCACACAAUUUGAGAGAAAUAAGCUUUUUGUGCGUAUGGAAAAUGUCUGGAAUCUUUUAUUUCAGCUCAUGGAACAUGGGACCAACAAUUCACAUUAUUAUACGUUAAGUGUAGAUGUAUAGAUUGUAUCUUGCUAAGAAUCACAUUUGCUGGAGUGUAUUGUGAUGUCUUUUACGAUUGUAUGAUGACAUACUGAAAAUGUAGCUCCUUACUAAUCCUGCCCCAAUAUAUGCAUAUAUAUCUUGAAAAGAGUGUGUGAAAAUAUUACAUUUAAUCAUCUUUGCAUUAAAAUGAUCUGAAAUGGGCACACUGCUUUUCGAUAUCUUUGUUAUUUGGUCAAAUUCUCAGUAAAUCUUCUGUGGCUACAACAAAAACAGCUUUAUGAACUCCUACAUAAUAUGAACAGAAAGUGUGAAGGUAUUGGAUAAAUGGCAACCAUAAAGAUACAUGGUUCAGCUGACAGAGCCAUGUUAAGGGUUAAUUCAUCCAUGUACUGUACCUUUGAGAGCAGCUGCAGUACAGCUUAGCAGUAAGGGACAGGGACAAGCCAUGAUAAUGUCACUCUAAAGUGAGACUGGAGAACUUUAUGCUUAGACAUAGCUACAUUUCCUCACAUAUCUCUCUAGAAGAGUAAAAGAGUACAAAAUGUACUGACUUUGACACGGCUACUCUUCUGAACACACACACAGGUGAGUGGAAGUUUGUAAAAACGGCUAGCUGGAGCUCAUCUGAGCGGUCGGCUGUGAAUGCCCUCACCCGCUACUACUUAUUGCUGAUUGUUAAGAUACUGACUCGCUACAGGCUGUCCGUCAAGAACAAGGCAGAUGUGUCUAUAUAUAGAGUUUUAUUGGCUCUUGUUCACCACCACACAUUAGCACACACAAACACAUAGAAGUGAUGUUUGUGCUAUAUACGUAGGAAUGGACUUUUAGUGGACGCAUGCACAAUCUUCCUAGUAAACACACUGAUAACUUAGUCGGCAGCCAAACGUACGUCUUCUUCUUCUAUGAUAUAAUGGUGGUCCGCAAACCAUCAUUAAAGGAGUCUAAAUGUCUAAAUCCUCCUACCUAACUCAGUACUUCUGAGAAAAUCAAAAAGAGCCCUGCUAACUUCUAAUAGACCCUCCCCCAUCCCCAAAAUCCCUUCCAACCCCCCCAACCCGUCCAACCUUAAUGACCGUACGCUUCAAUCUUUACCUCUCUUCAACAUACUUACAACAAUAUAACAACACAUGCGCCACCAUUUCAUCGACCAUACACUCCAGACACAAACCAUUCACAUGCUUGCCAAUCAGAUGUAAUGACGAGUUCAAUGUACAAUGUCCUAAGCGCAAUCGAGCAAACACCACCUCUUCCUUCCUAAUCUGACCAUUGAAUCUUGAUCCACCGACCUUUCUUUUGAGGGCAUAUAAAUACCGGCCCUUGGGAACUUGCGUCUUCAUCUGCCGACAGUGAUAGCCAUUCUGACCUGGAGUGGGAGGGGUCAAAGUCCAAAUGUGCAUUCGGGCACUCUGAUUGGUGGAAACCAGGAGGCUGUGAUAGACAGCUGAGAAGGGGAGAACUCACCCUAACGGAACUGUGGGGAAAGACACGUUCAAAGGCAUGGCCUUUUUUACAGGUUAUUUCAUUUGUGCUGCAUUGCGUCUGUUGUAUGUUAUGUUUAGGGCCUUGUGUCUUGCACAAUCAUGUGACAUGCCUGGUUUUUAACCUAUAUUCAAAGCUUUUUCAUCAAACUGUCCCCAUUUCUUUUUAUAUCAGAUGAUCCAGCACCAUCCUCAGAGAAUUGCUUUAAUUUUUUGUGUAAUUCUCAUUUAUGGAUAAGGCUUUUAAAUGCAAGAUAUAAUCUUCCUAUUUCACGUGAUUGCUCAGAACACAGGGCCUUAGUUAUGUUGUGUUGUUUAUUCAAGUUUCAACACCUGUCAUAGCCCAGUUAUAAAUAUCAUGAAGGGCAUACAGUGGGGGAAAAAAGUAUUUAGUCAGCCACCAAUUGUGCAAGUUCUCCCACUUAAAAAGAUGAGAGAGGCCUGUAAUUUUCAUCAUAGGUACACGUCAACUAUGACAGACAAAUUGAGAAUUUUUUUCUCCAGAAAAUCACAUUGUACGAUUUUUAAUGAAUUUAUUUGCAAAUUAUGGUGGAAAAUAAGUAUUUGGUCACCUACAAACAAGCAAGAUUUCUGGCUCUCACAGACCUGUAACUUCUUCUUUAAGAGGCUCCUCUGUCCUCCACUCGUUACCUGUAUUAAUGGCACCUGUUUGAACUUGUUAUCAGUAUAAAAGACACCUGUCCACAACCUCAAACAGUCACACUCCAAACUCCACUAUGGCCAAGACCAAAGAGCUGUCAAAGGACACCAGAAACAAAAUUGUAGACCUGCACCAGGCUAGCCCCAAAGCCACUGCCCCAAAACCACUGCUCUAGAGGAGAUCUGCAUGGAGGAAUGGGCCAAAAUACCAGCAACAGUGUGUGAAAACCUUGUGAAGACUUACAGAAAACGUUUGACCUGUGUCAUUGCCAACAAAGGGUAUAUAACAAAGUAUUGAGAAACUUUUGUUAUUGACCAAAUACUUAUUUUCCACCAUAAUUUGCAAAUAAAUUCAUAAAAAAUCCUACAUUGUGAUUUUCUGGAUUUAUUUUCUCAUUUUGUCUGUCAUAGUUGACGUGUACCUAUGAUGAAAAUUACAGGCCUCUCUCAUCUUUUUAAGUGGGAGAACUUGCACAAUUGGUGGCUGACUAAAUACUUUUUUCCCCCACUGUAAAUACACUUAAAUUGUGUUUUUGUAUUACAUUACACUUCACUGUGUUAUGCUGUAGUCUUGAUUUAGAGACAGAUUGAACAAGUGGGAACGUCCUCACAGUGCCCUUUCUUGUUUUAAUCUCUUAAUAAACAUUUGUUCCUAAACACCAUAUUUCUGAAAAAAGUAUAAAACCAUAAUGAUACGUUAGUACUACUGUUUACAUGUAUUGCGAAAGCUAGUUGGGCAUAACUGCAUAAUGUGGUUGUCUACUACUGUACACUAGAGAAGAAAUUCCAGUAAAAAAAUUCCAGUGUCAAGAGCCAACAGAUUUCAUAAAGUCCCAUGUGGUUUAUUUUUGGAUCUCUUCCCAGACCCAGACAUGACUUCCACCAGCAGCCUGCUGUCUGAGGAACAGUUCCUGUGCCCCAUCUGUCUAGACGUGUUCACCAGCCCAACCCCAUGUGGACACAACAAGGACUGCAUACAUGGGUACUGGCAUACCACCAGCCCGUGUCAGUGUCCCAAAUCUGAGAUGGCCGAUCAGUUCAGGAGGUCAGUUGAAAUGAGUGCUACUGCUACUAUUACCCAGGACCAACCACUGGACCAAGCCCAACCUCAAGCUGCCCAACGUGGAGAGGUACCCUGUGACAUCUGCUCUGAGAGGAAAGUCAAGGCCUUGAAGUCCUGCCUGGAGUAUUGGGCCUCUUACUGUGAGAUUCACUUGGAGCCUCACCACGUACUGGCCAUCUUCAAGAAACACAAUCUGAUCAAGCCUGUGAUGAAAAUGGAGGACGGCGUGUGUAAGAGGCACCAGAAGCUUCUUGAGCUGUUCUGUAGAAGUAACCAGACGUACGUGUGUCAGGUCUGCACUGAGAAAAGACUCAAGAAACACAACAUUGUCCCUUUGGAGUAAGAAAACAGAGAGAGGAUGGCUCAUCUGGGGAAUAUGGAAGAUGUAAUGCAGCAGAUGAUUCAGGGUCGACUGCAGAAAGUGAAGGACAUCAAAAACACAGUACAAUCAGGCAGAAUAAAUGCAGAGAGAGAGAUUAGGGAGAGCUUGUAGGUCUUUACUGCUCUGGUGCGCUCCAUUCAGAGAAGCCAGGCUGAGCUCAUUGAGGUGAUUGGGGAGAAGCAGAAAGCAGCAGAGAGGCGGGCUGAAGGAGAGACACUGAGCUGGAGCAGCUCUCACACACUAAGGACAACCUUCACAUCAUCCAUAGCUUCCCAUCCCUGUGCACCCCUCCUCCCACCAGGAACUGGUCUGAGAUCAGUGUUCAAAGUGUUGUGUAUGUAAGAACAGUGAGGAGAGCUGUGAGUAGAGCUGGGUCCCAGUUUGAGAAGUCAGUGAAGAAUGAAGUGAAAAGAUUAUGUGACACAGAAUUUACAAGAAUUCAGCAGUGUGCCGUGGAUGUGACCCUUGACCCUGAUACAGCUCCCCCUAAACUCAUCCUCUCUGACAACGGUAAACAAGUGGCACACGGCAACACAGUGCUGAACCUCCCUGACAACCCCGAGAGGUUUUACCCUUGUGUCAGUGUCCUGAGGAAGGAGGGCUUCUCCUCAGGGAGGUUGUACUACAAGGUGCAGGUGAAGGGGAAGACCGAGUGGGACAUAGGAGUAGGGAGAGAGUCUGUCAACAAGAAACGAGGGAAUACCCUAUACCAGGGUUCUUCAAUUCCGGUCCUGUAGGGCCGAAACACUUCUGUUUUUUAUUUCUACCUGGUAGUUAAUUGCACUCACCUGGUGUCCCAGGUCUGAAUUAGCCCCUGAUUAGAAGGAGAGGGUGAAAAACAGAGGUGUCUCGGCCCUCCAGGACCGGAAUUGAAGAACCCUGCCCUAAACCCUAAACCCUGAGCGUGGCUACUGGACAGUAGGCCUGAGUACUGGGCUCUGACGACCCCCCCUGUCCCCCUGCCACUGGUCGAGAAGCCGCAGAGGGUGGGGGUGUAUGUGGACUGGGAAGCGGGGCAUGUGUCAUUUUAUGAUGUGGAAUCCAAGUCUCAUAUCUACUCAUUCACAGUUACAUCUUCGCAGAGGGACUCUGUCCAUACUUCAACCCCUGAAAGAAUAAUGGUGCGGUCAACUCUCCCGUCAGUGACCUCACCUCCUCACCUUAACAUUUCACCUCUUUUUAGAAGAGGACACUGAGGCCUAUUCUCAUUUUGUUUGCUCAACUCCUACAUCCUCUCUCCUCUGUCCUCUCUGGCCUCUUUUGAAAAAGGUCAAAGGUAAUCAAGGAGAGGCGGCGAGGAGAGGGAAAGUGGACUAAAAUGCGCUUGCAUGAAAUCGCGCGUCAUCAGGCAAAUUAUGUUCACAGGGUAGAAUCCCAAAAUAAAUGCAUGAAGUGAUAAAAACAAAUGUAGCUGGUUCUGCAAGACAUUUAAUAGAUAAAAGGAAAAGUAGGAUAUUAUUUUUAAAUGUUUGCAUGCUUUUCUCCUUUGAGGAAACAAUAGCUGGUUCAAAUGGGGAGUGGCUGAUUUCAAAACUCUUCAGCAAAAGACUCUGGUAGCAUACACUUGUGCUUCCUCGCCAAUCAAAUCAAAUCAAAUUGUAUUUGUCACAUACACGUGUUUAGCAGAUGUUAUAGCGGGUGUAGCGAAAUGCUUGUGCUUCUAGCUCCGACAGUGCAAUAAUAUCUAACAAGUAAUAUCUAACAAUUUCACAACAUAUACCCAAUACACACAAAACUAGUAAGGAAUGGGAUUUAAGAAUAUAUACAUAUAUGGACAAGCAAUGACAGAGCAGCAUGGACUAAGAUACAGUAGAAUAUUAUAGAAUAGAAUGCAGUAUACAGUGGGGGAAAAAAGUAUUUAGUCAGCCACCAAUUGUGCAAGUUCUCCCACUUGAAAAGAUGAGAGAGGCCUGUAAUUUUCAUCGUAGGUACACGUCAACUAUGACAGACAAAUUGAUUUAAAAAAAUCCAGAAAAUCACAUUGUAAGAUUUUUAAUGCAUUUAUUUGCAAAUUAUGGUGGAAAAUAAGUAUUUGGUCACCUACAAACAAGCAAGAUUUCUGGCUCUCACAGACCUGUAACUUCUUCUUUAAGAGGCUCCUCUGUCCUCCACUCGUUACCUGUAUUAAUGGCACCUGUUUGAACUUGUUAUCAGUAUAAAAGACACCUGUCCACAACCUCAAACAGUCACACUCCAAACUCCACUAUGGCCAAGACCAAAGAGCUGUCAAAGGACACCAGAAACAAAAUUGUAGACCUGCACCAGGCUGGGAAGACUGAAUCUGCAAUAGGUAAGCAGCUUGGUUUGAGGAAAUCAACUGUGGGAGCAAUUAUUAGUAAAUGGAAGACAUACAAGACCACUGAUAAUCUCCCUCGAUCUGGGGCCCCACGCAAGAUCUCACCCCGUGGGGUCAAAAUGAUCACAAUAACGGUGAGCAGAAAUCCCAGAACCACACAGGGGGACCUAGUGAAUGACCUGCAGAGAGCUGGGACCAAAGUAACAAAGCCUACCAUCAGUAACACACUACGCCGCCAGGGACUCAAAUCCUGCAGUGCCAGACGUGUCCCCCUGCUUAAGCCAGUACAUGUCCAGGCCCGACUGAAGUUUGCUAGAGUGCAUUUGGAUGAUCCAGAAGAGGAUUGGGAGAAUGUCAUAUGGUCAGAUGAAACCAAAAUAGAACUUUUUGGUAAAAACUCAACUCGUCUUGUUUGGAGGACAAAGAAUGCUGAGUUGCAUCCAAAGAACACCAUACCUACUGUGAAGCAUGGGGGUGGAAACAUCAUGCUUUGGGGCUGUUUUACUGCAAAGGGACCAGGACGACUGAUCCGUGUAAAGGAAAGAAUGAAUGGGGCCAUGUAUCGUGAGAUUUUGAGUGAAAAUCUCCUUCCAUCAGCAAGGGCAUAGAAAAUGAAAUGUGGCUGGGUCUUUCAGCAUGACAAUGAUCCCAAACACACCGCCCGGGCAACGAAGGAGUGGCUUCGUAAGAAGCAUUUCAAGGUCCUGGAGUGGCCUAGCCAGUCUCCAGAUCUCAACCCCAUAUAAAAUCUUUGGAGGGAGUUGAAAGUCUGUGUUGCCCAGCGACAGCCCCAAAACAUCACUGCUCUAGAGGAGAUCUGCAUGGAGGAAUGGGCCAAAAUACCAGCAACAGUGUGUGAAAACCUUGUGAAGACUUACAGAAAACGUUUGACCUGUGUCAUUGCCAACAAAGGGUAUAUAACAAAGUAUUGAGAAACUUUUGUUAUUGACCAAAUACUUAUUUUCCACCAUAAUUUGCAAAUAAAUUCAUUGAAAAUCCUACAAUGUGAUUUUCUGGAAAAAAAAUUCUCAUUUUGUCUGUCAUAGUUGACGUGUACCUAUGAUGAAAAUUACAGGCCUCUCUCAUCUUUUUAAGUGGGAGAACUUGCACAAUUGGUGGCUGACUAAAUACUUUUUUUCCCCACUGUACAUAUGAGAUGAGUAGUGCAAGAUAUGUAAACAUUAUUAAAGUGACUAGUGUUCCAUUUCUUAAAGGAGGGGAGGACCGUCUUUCGUUUGCCUACUAACAAAUUGACAAUCUCCUCGUCCAAUCAACCACUUAUCGGUUUCCGGGUCACGGAGGAAAGAGGACGGAGGAGAGAGGCAGUGGUGUAAAGUACUUAAGUAAAAAUACUUGAAAGUACUACUUAAGUCGUUUUUUGGGGUAUCUGUACUUUACUUUAAUAUUAAUAUUUUUGACAACUUUUACUUUUAUUUCACUACAUUCCUAAAGAAAAUGAUGUACUUUUUACUCCAUACAUUUCCCCUGACACCCAAAAGUACUAAUUACAUUUUGAAUGCUUAGCAGGACAAUAAAAUGGUCUAAUUCACACAAUUAUCAAAAUAACAUCCCUGGUCAUCCCUACAGCCUCUUAUCUGGUGGAUUCACUAAACACAUGCUUCAUUUGUCAAUUAUGUCUGAGUGUUGGAGCGUGCCCCUGGCUAUCCAUAAAUAAAAUAAAAACAAGAAAAUGAUGCCGUCUGGUUCGCUUAAUAUAAGGACUUUGAAAUUAUUUAUACUUUUACUUUUAAUUUUGAUACUUAAGUAUAUUUGAUCAAUUACAUUUACUGUUGAUACUUAAGUAUAUUUAAAACCAAAUACUUUUAGACUUUUACUCAAGUAGUAGUUUACUGGGUGACUUUCACUUUUACAGUCAUUUUCUAUUAAGGUAUCUUUACUUUUACUGAACUAUGACAAUUGGGUACUUUUUCCACCCCUGGAGAGAGGACAGAGGAGGGAGGGUGGAGGAUGGACUUUUGUUCAAAUGAGAAAAGGCCUGAGUGUUGUGUCAGUUUUAUUUGUUUUGCAAUAAGAUAUAUUUUCUCGAUCUUAUGUAUUGUGUAGUUGAUUUAAUCAAGAUAUAUUGAAUAUGAAUAAAGGUUCAUAAAGGUAGUCUGUUUUCUGUGCAUUGGGCUUGCAAAUUUCUGUUCAAUAAAAUUUUUAGGUGAUCAAAAUAAACACUUAACAGAACAUGUUGAAGGUUUUGGGCAUACUCCAAUCAUUCCAGAAAGCAAAUGAUAGCAGCAAAAACACAUACAAUAAUUUUAACACAUUAAAAACAUACACAAACACACACAUACCUAAAGUUUAGGUAAUUACUCAUGUUUCUUAUUCAUGAAGAACUCCUAAUUGAAAUGGGAUUGAUAUCUACUGUAGAUGGGAGUGGAGCUGCAGAGGCGGUCUCUCUCCCCUGUGCUCUGUGCAGUGGUCUGGACCAUGCUCUCCUGUGGCAUCUUGCUGGCAUUCUGCUUCCUGCUCUUCACCCUGCGCUUCAAGAACAACAGGUACACACACACACACACACACACACACGCACACACACACACACACACACACACACACACAUACACACGUUUAAAAGCAUAUGCACAUGCUCAAAUCGAUACACAGGCGUGAACAGUCUUACCUUUAUUUUGUUGAUCUGUGUGUGUGUUUCUCUCUGUCUCAGGAUAGUGAAGAUGUCCAGUCCUAACCUCAAUGUGCUGACUCUGUGUGGAAGUAUCCUCACCUACAGCAGUGGCUUCCUUUUUGCUUUUGAGGAACGCACCCACCUACAAGGGGGAGGAGCGAGAACAAUACUACAGGUAAGACACAGUCACUGCCCAGCUACACUCUUCCUCUCUGCUCCUCUCAAAACAACAUGCUCUGUGUAGCAGGUAGAACGUCACAGUGACGUGACGCUGAUGGCAAAGCAACACAACGCUUAUAGUGGAGCUGAAGUGUCACACAGACACACACACACACACAGACACACACACACACACUCCAACACAGACACACACACACACAGACAUACACAUUGUUCUGAUGAUGCCAUGCUGUGUGAUAUUAUGGAUUGUUACUGUGGUGUAUCCUAGGCCAGGAUCUGGACUUUGUGUAUUGGCAGCACUCUGGUCUUUGGGCCCAUCCUGGGGAAAACAUGGCGGCUCUACAGAGUAUUCACCCAACGCAUGCCUGACAAGAGAGUGGUAAGCAGGCUCCUCCUCUCACUCUGUCUCUCUGGUCGAAGUGUGUGUUGUGGUGUUGUAUCUCAUGUCACUCCUCCUUUGUGCAUGUGUUAUUUUUUUUUAAAAAAAUUUGGGGGGGGGGGUAAAGGCUUGUAAUAAAGGAUCUGUGUGUCGUAGAGUGUAUGUGUUGCACAGUGUAUUACUGAACUCUGUGUGUUUCAGAUCAUCAGAGACAUCCAGUUGAUGGGCUUGGUAUCUCUGUUGAUUCUGGUGGACCUGCUGGUUCUCACCGCCUGGAGUCUAACCGACCCGGUCAAAUGUGCACGGUCCAUUGGGGCUGUGGUCAAGGUGGUGGAGAGGGACGUGUCCUACUCUCUGUCUCAGCUGGACUCCUGUUCCUCUCUCUACUCAGACCUGUGGGUUAUCCUCCUCGCUCUGAUGAAGGUAAAACAUACAACUGGGAGAAAUACUCAGAUAAACAUAAGAGAGCAAAUAGUAGCUGUUUCCUCUGAGUUUGUGUUGGUUUGUCAUAGUAAACAUGUCAUGAACGUUAUGUGGUUGUGUUGCGGUCUCUCCAGGGUAGCAUGCUCCUGUAUGGGACCUACCUGGCCGGUCUGACCAGCAACGUCAGCCUGCCUCCGGUCAACCAGUCCCCCACUAUCAUGACCGCGGUCAGCCUGGUCACCCUGUCCACGGCGGUGGUGGUCCCGGUGGCGCGGUUCCUGCAGGCCUGGCCUAAUGUGGUCUAUAGUGUGGUGGCUGGAGCCAUCUUCAUCUGUACCCUUGCCACCAACUGUAUGCUGUUUUUACCUCAGGUGAGAGAGACAGUUAACGCACAUCACUAGGGGUGUGCCGAGUACACUGACAAAACGAGGAUUGUAACGAUAUGGAGAAUAUUCCGAAUACGAUUAGUAUUUCUUGUAAUUAUCCGUGAUCGGAAAAAAGUAAUUUUCAGCUGCCAGCACGCAUUUCUCUUUCGCUCAAACAGUGUGAAGUGCUGUGUUCUCUAAACAACUAUUGGCUAGCUUUUCUGUCUGUAAAGAUCAGGCGGGGUAUCGGUUGAGCCUGCUGCAACGAUUGGAUUAGAACAAGCUGUAUAACAAGCCCAUACUUUCUUGCUAUUAUUAUUUAUUUUGCCCAGGCAUGUUUACAGAGCGACAGAUCAUUAGAAAAUUAAAUGACAAAUGUUGAUUGUUUAUUUCUAGUGUGCAAAUGUUGUGGCAUAAGUGUCGGGAGAGAAGUUUUGCUCCUUUCGAAAGUGAAACAAUAUAUGGGGCAAGCGAAUUAGCCUACCUUCAUCUAAAUCUGUCUGGAAUAAAUGCAGGCAGUAGUAGCCAGCCAUGCAUUAGGCAAUGUUUGUGCCUAUUCUGUUGAUAAUUGAAUAGGACUAAGUAAGUAAAUCAUGUGCAUUUUCAUCUGUCGGGGUCGUAUAACAAUGUGUGUGAAUGAGUGAAGGAACAUAACAAUGUGCUCUGAGAUGCACUCUGAGUGAUAGCACAGUAAUGCACACUUGAGGUAUAGGCUUUACUGGCAUUUAAACAACUAGCUCCCACAGUCUCACUUCAAAAUGAGACAUUUAUCCAUGUUUCUCAAACGUCAAAUUUCGAAAUGUUCAACGUUAAGUUUAGGCAUUAACUCCAAAUGUUUAAAGAUAGGGUUACGUUUAGGCAUUAACUCCGAAAUCAAAUCAAAUAAAAUAAAAUUGUAGUUGCCACAUGCGCCGAAUACAACAGGUGUAGAUCUUACCAUGAAAAUGCUUACUUACAAGCCCUUAACGAACAAUGCAGUUCAAGAAAUAGAGUUAAGAAAAUAUUUACUAAAUAAACUAACGUAAAAAAUAAAAUAGAAAGUAACAAAAUAAAAUCACAACAAUGAGGCAAUAUACAGGGCGUGCCGGUACAGAGUCACCUUAAGGUUAGGCAUUAACUCUGAAUGGUUAAGGUAAGGGUUAAGGUUCAGGAUAGGCAAAAACAAAACGUUCGAUUGGAAUCAGAGACAGAUGCUUACACCCAUCCACCAUCCCUAUUUGAGGGUAACAGCGCUCACUGUUGCCCCUAGUGGCCGGUUUCAACGUUAUCUCCCGACAUCCUCAGACAUGACUGGACGUAGAAUACUGACUUGUAUCAUGGGUGACCUGGCUGCAUUUAAAGUGCACUUCCGGGUUUUCCGAUCACGAGUAAAUCCGAUUACGAGUAUCAAGGGUGAUAAAACAGAUACUAUUACGAAUACGAGUAUGACGAGGUCGACGUGCCCCUACACAUCACAGACAGACAGACAGACAGACAGAAACCCCCAAUUCGAGUGGCUACGUGAGUGUUUCCCAUACCUCACCAUAGUGUGUUUGUGUCCCUCUGUGUGUGUGUGUGUCCCUCUGUGUGUGUGUGUGUGUGUGUGUGUCCCUCUGUGUGUGAGUGUGUGUGUGUGUGUGUGUGUGUGUGUCCCUCUGUGUGUGUGUUUGUGUCUGUGUGUCUCUUUGUGUGUUAACAAGGGAGUGUGACUCAUAAAAAAACACAUAUGCUCUCCAUGAGUCAACACGCUGCAUCCUCCCCCAACAGGAUGACUCCCCAUAAGUAGCUGGUGGUGAGCUGAUGCUAUGGUACAGGAAUGCAUCCUGGACGGAAAGGAAGGAAGUACUUUAACAAUGAGCAACACACUCCCAGACACACACACACACCUGGAGAUUCCAAGGGUGUGGCACACUUGUCUGACAGUUAUUCGACUAGCCAUCAUAAUCCCCCCCCUUCCUCUCUCACUCUCUCCCCUCCCUCUUCCCAGUUGACCCAGUGGCGUCGGUUUGAGGAGGAGCACAACAACCCUAGUCAAAUGGCGAAGUACUUCAGCAGCCCCAGAAAGAGUGUCCACUCUGUCUACAGCCAGGAUGAGAUCUACUAUCUACUGGGAGAGAACAACUCUAUGAAGAGGCUCCUCAAUGAGGUAGUCUCAGUAUGUAGGCGAUGUAGUAUUUUAACCCUCACUUGCCCUCUAAUGGUUAUAAAGGGUAGUGAAGCUCCCCCUUACUUACUAAAAAGGUCCCUACAUGGUCCUGUAUUCAACAUAAUCUCUGUGACCCCUCAACACUAGAAUACAUACCUACCUAAACUAAUUUACUUUGUAUUCUGAAUACUCUUCUAUUCAUCACUAACUAACUUCACAUAUAACCUUUAACCCUAACCCAUCUUUAGGUUAACCUUUAACCUGACUCUUUAGGUCCCAGAUUGUUGUUGAUUAUGUUUUUUGUAUUGAAGGGGAUUUUAAAGCUUGUUGUUGUCAUUUUGCAGAAGAAUGCUGUGAUUGACAGUCUGCAGGAGCAGGUGAACAAUGCCAAAGACAAGCUACUGCGCCUCAUGUCCAGUAGCCACCCCAACGAGGACCAGGAAAUGGACUCUUCCAUCACCAACCUCCACUCCUCAUCCACCCAGACCACAGUUGUGCAGUCCGACUGCCUUCCAACUCCCCUACCACAGAGGGACAUAGCAGAACCUCCCCUCUCCUCUCCUCCCUUUCCUCUACCUCCUCUGUUUGCUCUUCCCACUACUUCUGCUGUCUGUACACCUCCUUCUGAAUCUCCCUCUGCUCCUCUCUCUACUCCUCCCCCUCCUGCCCUCUCUCUUCCCCCAGGGGAUGGUGCGAGAGUUAAACAGUGGAGUGUAGAAUUUGGUCAAGACAUCCAGGGUGCAGGGAUGGAGAAUGAGACAGGGUGGUGUAAGGUUGAGGGGACUGGGUCCCAGCAGCAGUGUGGAGGGGAGAGAUUUAACCUCCCAGGCUCCCCUAAGCCCUCUGUUUUCUCCAGGACAGGAGUCAGGACACCUGGGAAGAGGGCAGGGACACAAACGACACCCUCCUGUCAGUCAAACUAUGUCACUUCCUCUUCCCAUCUCUUUCCGGUGGGUUUGGGCCCUGCUCUUUCGGAACCCUUGGGUUGCCAUGGCCAUCCCGUGUUGCCAUGGGAGACAAGCGUCAGGCCGGCAGGGUUUGUGAGCAGUGAGCAUCUGCAGGAGAUCCUCCAGGAACUGAGUGUGGACGCUGUCAUGGAAACGGCCCUCCGCUCACCCAAUCACAGCAGGGUGAUCAGGAGACCCGACUCUGCCGUCCUCGAUCGACCCCUCGGUCCUCUCUCCCCUCUCCCUCCGUACCUCUCGCACCCCUCGCUCCCCUCAUCCCCCUCUCCUCUUCCGCUAUCCCAGUAUCUCCCCCUACGUGAUGAGGAAACGCAGACCUCCAUUCCAUCAACCCAGAGGGGGGCCUCCGCCCUGUUACUACCCAGGGUCAGAGCCUCCUGUCUGGGGAAGGAGGAGGGACGCUGGACCCUCACAACCAGACAAGCACCCCUCAAAAAGACAACCCCAGCUCGAGCCUGUCGGCACAGAGACCAGUCCCCUCUGCUCUGAAGACAGUGAUGCAGAUGAACGGGAAGAGGCAGGGCAUAGAGUAACAAACAGGUGCGGGAGGCGUGGCUCAAGGUGGGAGCACCAGCUACCACCCCCUCGAAAAUGCUCCAUCACCCCCUUCUCAGGACACACCCACACAGGCCCUUCAAAUGGUGAGGGGGGCGGCAAGGGAGGGCUAGACCGAGACCGUGGCAGGGACUCGUAUGGUUACUGGGACUCAGACUCCAGCAUCUCGGCUGACUACUGCUACCACCACCGACCCUACUGCGACGCCUGCCUGCCACACGGCUCCUACCCCUCCAGCGACAGCUCCUCCUCAGACUCCUCGGACAGCGAGUACGGCGGCUUCGCCAGCCUCUGCCGCUCCACGCACCCUGUGGUCAACUUCAAGGAAGACCUCAAUCCCACCUUCAUAUGA